AUGAAUUAUCUGGAAGCAAGUUAUUUUCAGGAAUGUACCGCAUUGUGUCACUUAGAUGGUGAUUGUCCUGAAGCGAAGAAAUGUUGUGUUGAAGGUUGUAGUAGGCAAUGUCUGAAACCACGAGGAAGAGAUUUGAAUCUUUUGCCGAUCCCAACCAGUAUCAGUGUUCAGGAACGAAAACGAAAAAGAUCAGUGAUCGUUAGAUGGGUCAUGCAACAGAUGAGUCGUGCUCAGACAAAUUCAAAUGCUAAUUUGUAUGUGGUGCAGUGGAGAUGGAGUUUACAUAAAGAUGGUACUUCAAUAAGCGAUUGGCAAACGAUCGUUACUCGUAACAAAAUGUAUGCUAUUUUGAAGCAUUUACUUGCACCAGGCAGAUAUUACAUGUUUCGUGUAGCAGCUGUUAAUACAUACGGUAGUAUGGGAUUCUCAAAAAGCAGUCAACCAUUCAAACUUUCGAAGGAACCUCAAGCACCUGGACAACCACUUGAUUUGACGUUAGAUAACUCAGAAAUUGAUGAGCACAAUUUUUGGAAACAACGGAUCAGAUGGACUCCUCCAAUUUCCGAAUUACCGAUCAAAAAUUAUAUCCUUUCAUGGCAAAAAUCGACAUUACAACAAGCAAUUGCAUAUGAGGAAAUGUUGAAACGACGAGUGAACAAUGUUGAAAAACAGGAAAAGCGAUCAACGAUAGAUGACGAUGAUGAUGAGAUUGAUAAUGAGGACAGUUUCAUGGAACGUGAACGGAUGUCAGUUGUAAUACCGGCAUAUCAUUCGUAUGCUGACAUCCAUCAAUUACAACUUCAAUCUGUUUAUUUAGUUGAAAUUUACGCCACAGUAGACUCGUCGGAUGGCGAAUUACACGGAGAAAAAGCAACACUUUACGUGAGGACAGACACAAUGAACGUCAGUAAAGACGAGCGUACUAACAGUAGUAGUGUUUAUGGUAGUAGUAAUAUCACAAGUACAACGAUUCAGAAAUGGGAAUCAGAAUCCCGAAAUAGACUGCAAGAUGAUAUCACGAUUGAUACCAAAUUGGAAAUGUUAGAUGUCAGGGCACCGUAUUUCGACGAUAAUUUGAAAACUGUAGUGAGUUGGUUCAGGAAUGGUCUAUGCAACGGAACAAGAAUUAAAUAUAUGAUAAGAUGGCGUUUGUUGAUGUGCAGAGGAAAAGAUAGUAAACGCAUUACUUACUAUGAUUUGGAUUCAUCCGGCGAAGAUUGGGCGCAGAUGGAAGUCCAAGAAUGUGUCGCAGUUUUGGAAGAUCUUGAUUUUGCAUGCUCAUAUAAUGUGGAGCUUGUUAGUGGUCGUAACAAACAGAUGAUUGCAAAGGCUCAUUUCGAGACGCAAAGCUGCGAGAAAACGCCAUCAACGAUUACUUUAACCUGCGACAAUCAACCAACUUCUCAAUCCCUCUCUUGCAUCGUUAAUUCAAAAAAUAAUUCGGUACGAUGUAACUGGAAGAAUAUUAAUGGUACGGAAAAAAGUGUUGGCUACCGAAUUGUACUCAGUAAAUCCGGUGCAAAGGACAAUCAAAUAGUGAUUAUGCCACCACAAAGUACCACAGUUCAAUUUGAUAAGCUUGAACUGGAUCACGACUAUCAUGUUCAUGUACAAACGAUUACAAGUAAUGGUCUUGGCAAUACGUUAACAACAUCUUUCCGAUUCAACCGGAACAAGACUUCCGAGAAGCUUUCAUCGACUCUUUUACCUGAUCAUCUCCGGAAUAAUACUUUGUCUCAUAUAAGCAGUAUAAUCACGGAUCAUACAGGCGAUGAUCAAAUAUCACGGAAAAUUAAUCUGCAAUCAGUAAUAAGAGAAGAUAACGGACUUCUGUAUAAUAAUGAAAGGUUUCCAGGUGCUACGGUACUCGAGUUACCAUUAGAAAGUGUUGCUUCAAGUGCUAUUAGGUGGACAGCCUUCUAUUUCAUCUGUAUAGAUAUAUUGUUGAGGUAUUUGUUUACUGUUAAUACAUUAUAA